AUGGAGAGGCUCUGGCGCAAUGUCUACAGGAAUCAGAAUGCGUCAUGGUUCACCGAAAUUCCGCUGCCGACUGCUUACGUGCCCCGCUCGUCGAUACCCUCCCCCAAGUGCCUCCAGCUCAAACGCGGCUUCGCCGAGUGUAGGCGCGGUCUCGUCGACAUGCGCAAGCGCUUCCGCGGCAACGUCCCCGUGUCCUACCAAGCUAUACAGAAGGCGGACGAGGAGGGCAAGGGUUACCAGCUCUACGCAGGCAAGACCGCCUUUGGAGGCGGCGUCAAGUACACCAACGGCGAUGAACAAGAGCAGGACUGGCGCGAGCUCGCCAAUGAGAAAUACCGCGCCGAACUAGCAGCGAAGAAAGACGGUCCUCCCAAAGCAUAG